AUGGUUUGGAGCGCGAGUCGAUGGUGGAAUCCGGCAAGGCGCGGUCGAGUACUAGAGCGUGGAGUCAGUGAUGGCGGCGGGGAGGGCAGAGCUGAUUUGAGUCGCAACUCUCUCCCUGCCUCGGGAACCGCAUGCCUCGACAUCUGUGUCCACUGCUUUAGCGAUAGCGUGUUUUUUGGAGAGAAGUUGCAGACAGACGACGUGACAGCUGACGGGACAGCUCUGGCACCCCUCCAUGUCGACGAACACAGCACCACCAACCAAACCUUUCGACUCUCAACUCACCCCCCCUUCAAAAACCACGAGCGGUUCUUUGUACCCACUCAGUUCUAG